GACCAAGCCGGAUGAGACUGGUUGUUCCACUAUUUAAAAUGUAAAACAUGACGGAGCUAUAAAGCGCAACAGCUCUCAGCCUCAAGUUUCCCCAACAUCUCCAAAUUCACAAACUUUCCACUUUACUAUUUAUCUCGCGCUACUACCAUGUCGUCCUAUAUUCGAAAUGUCGCAUUGAUCGGGGGUACCGGCAGCCUCGGCUCCCACAUUCUCAAACAUCUCCUGGCAACCGGCAAGCACAACGUGACCGUUUUGACCCGUACCCAGAGCAAAGCAACCUUCCCCACCAACCCCAACCUCAAAAUCGCCAAGGUCGACUACUCUUCCGAGCAGAGUAUCGUUGAGGCGCUGCGCGGCAACGAUUUCCUGGCGAUCACCCUUAACUCCCAAGCCCCUCGCACGCUGCACUCUGAGAUCAUCAAUGCUGCCAAAAAGGCAGGCGUCCCCACCGUCUUGCCGAAUUACUUCGGAUUCGGUAUCCGCGAGCGCGCCGGCAAUCUAGCUAGCUGCCCAAUCAUGGGCUCCUUUAGCAAAAUCCUCAAGGAGGUGGAAGACGUCGAAGGCGUAGACUACAUUGCCCUUGUAUGCGGUUUCUGGUACGAAUUCAGCCUUUCGCUGGGAGAGCAGUGGUACGGCUUCGAUCUUAAGAAGCGGACGGUGACUUUCUAUGAUGAUGGAACGAGGAAGAUUAACACGAGCACGUGGGACCAAUGCGGACGAGCUGUUGCCGCGCUCCUUAGCCUUCCUCUGACAAAGGAGGGUGGAAAUGCGGCGAUACAGGAUUAUUUGAACAACGGCUUGUAUAUCGCUUCGUUCCUUGUCUCCCAGCGCGAUAUGUUGGACUCGCUCAAUCGCGUGCUUGGUACCACGGAUGCCGACUGGAAGAUCAGUUAUGAGCCCGUGGAGGAGCGACACAGGAAGGGCCUGGAGGAGCUGGGGAGUGGCAAUGGGUUGGGCUUCGUAAAGGCUAUGUAUGCGCGCGGUUUCUUUGCAAGCGGCGAGGGCGACUAUCAGACAGGCCAUGUUUUGGACAACGAGAAGCUGGGAUUGCCAAAGGAGGAUCUAGAUGAGGCGACAAGGAGGGCAGUUGCGAUGUCACAGAAGAGCUUUGAAUACGAGGUCUAAGCGAAAGUACUCACGCCGGGUGAAUCGCUGGCCUGGAACCCACCGCAUUCAUUUGAACUAUACAUAGACUUAUUCUAGAGUUAGAGCAACAAGACGGUCUAAAAGGUGAU